AUGUCAGGCCUCCGAGAUCAGCUUCUCCAGACCGCCAACGACGUUAUCGCUCGGGUCAAUUCUAUCACAAGUGCCGAAGUAUGGAAGAUUGGUCGAACCGCCGAUGCCACCCAUACUAUAUUCCCCUCGAGUCUGGGAAUUCCGCCAAGCAUGGACAACGACACCUUGGGCAAGAUCCUUUUCGAUGUAGUGGAGAAGACUCCAAAUUGGGCGGUACGACAAAUGGACGGCGCUACCCCCAUCAUCGACGUGGAACAACGGCUCAUCGUGUUGCGCCUUUUUGCCUCCGGCGAUACAGAGUUUGGGCCGUUCAAUAUGCAGUACAUUCUGAAUCUGAAGACAACAGAUGAUGGGAAGCUUGUCAAAGAAUCAUGGGAAUUCCUCGAUUCACAUCAAAGCUUGAAGACGUCAGGCCGGGCAUGA